AUGUUGUCGCCAGCAGAGCAGACACGAGAUGAGGGAGGAAAUACGGCAUUUUAUUGCACGGUUGUAGGAAACCCUUCCCCAGUCGUGGAAUGGCAAUUUAAGGGCACAAAGCAUCUGUCAGCUGCAAAGUAUCUGAUUAAACAAGGAGCGUUGAUCGUUAGAAAUCUGAAUUACAGCGAUGCUGGACCAUACACAUGUGUUGCCAGGAACAUUCUUGGAUCGUCUGAAGCCACUGGCAACUUGACUGUUCGAGGUAAGAGGAACGUUUAACUUAGAGUUUUGUUAUAUCUGGCUACUUGAUUUUGUAGGCUUCUUUGUGUUCCAAAAAUGCGAGAAUACGAGGUUGGAAUAUAAAAAUGGCACCGUGUUGUUUAAUCAUUUAUUUUUAUCUCUUCUUUCAUUUUUUCUCAUUUCUUAAGCAGUGUAUAACACCAAACUUUAAAUUUACUCACUCAUACAACAACAACAACAACAACAACAACAACAACAACAACAACAUAAGCUUUAUUUGCAUGACUAUAAUUAUUUAGUUACAGUAUUGCAAAAGAUUUAACAUAAAGUUACAAUUCAUAACAAUGAUAAUGCAAUGCAAUGAUUACUACAGUCAAUCAAGUGUCAUCAGCAUGAUUUGAUAAUAAAUUAGAGCGUAAAUCAUUACAUAAUGGGACAAAUGAUCAAGGACUUUAGAUUUUACUCAUUAACACUAGGCUACUAGUCACGAGUGUAGUUCAACGUUUAAUCUGAGCCAUACAAAGAUAAAGACAAUAAUUAAUAUUAAAGAUAUUAACACAUGACAGGAAUAUUGGGACCUUACAUGAACGCGAGGGCACACAACACCAUCCUUCUCCUCCUCUCUUUUUAGCUCAUGUACUGGCUCUAUUUCCGGUCUUCCAGUCUUCAGAAAAGUUCCACCUUCACUUGCCACACCAGUUCAAGGCAGGACGUUUCAAGUAACAUGUCAAGCUGACGGAUAUCCUCGCCCCGCGAUAACCUGGACUAGAGCAGCAAUGCCCUCACCUGCUGGAAAGACUAGUAUAAACCAAGGCACACUUACCAUUAACAACUUGAGUCCUGCUGACAACGGUUUUUACGACUGCGUAGCUACUAACAUUAUGGGAACAAAGAAGAAAAGAAUCAACCUAGCAGUACAAGUGCAUCGUUCAGGUUUGUAUUGAAGGCACCGUCUCACCCUGUAUAUACCUGAUUCAAUAAAAGGUUGCUUUGGUAAUUGGGCACUGGGCAUUUGGGCGAACGGAACUCACUGCAAUGAAUUGCUUGAGUGUCCACCAAACAAUAGCUUUCCAGGGCGCAAUUAUACAAUGCCCCCCCCCCCGGGGGGGGGGGGUACUCCCAUACAUUACCUAUACGGAUAUGUGCCGCCCAAAGGGGUCGUGAUUUUGAGCUCCUGAUUUAGAACGGGGUAUCCAUUUCAGAGGUGUUUUCUAGAACGGGGUAUAAUAUUUCGAACGCACGAAAGCUCCACUUUUGUAAGCAGGGCAUUUGAAAGUAUUCAAGGACAGAUUGCUUUAAAAAUACGGUUGAAUGCGUUAACAAGCAAACCGUUGUACUUUUGUUGCACCCUAGAACGGAGUAUAAAAAAUUGGCCAUUUCUAGAACGGGGUAUCAGUUUUAGGGCGAAUUCUAGAACGGGGUAAAAAAAUUGGCCCAUUUCUUCAACGGGGUAUCAAUUUUAGCGGAAAAUUUUUCUAGAACGGGGUGCCAAUUUGGAGUCCCGGGCGGCACAUACCCACCCAAAAAAUACCCAAGUGCCCCCGGCAAUGCCCAAAGCAAGAAUCAGGAACCCUUAGAUUAACCGUUCAUUUCAGUAAUGCAAAUCGUCUUAUCCAGCUUGCGAUCUUAGUUAAAGACCAAAAGAGAGUGUUAAAGCAUUAUGAAGGACAGUUUUUCGAAAGUCAAACUUUGCCACUGCGAGAACUAUACGGCUAUACCGAAAUAUAUCGCAGGGUGAUUUUUUCGAAGACCGCUUUAUUUUAAUUUUUGUUUUUGUUGUUUCUUUGUUUGUUUGUUUAUUUUUCAGGCAUUCAAAAACCAUCUAAUUACUGCUAA